AUGCACGCUGAAGACGGACAAGUCGCUAGCCCUCCUAGGCUUGAGCUGGAUGGCCAACCUUCACUCCUGGAAUUAGCACAGCCCACAUCGUCAGCUCACAUCAACUCGGUUCCCCCGCCAGAUAUAUCCCCGCCCCCACCCUCUCUCGACGAGUUAGAAACAACAUGGUGGCCGCUCGAUCUCUCCAUACCAUCGCUCAAUGCCAUUUGGGCCGGGAUUUGUCCUGAAAAUGAGAAUCUAGUUGUAAAAUUUGACUUCCUAACCAGUUUCACGAGCGCAAAUGGGUUUGCCAACUCUUUCCGCUGUGGAAGCCUAUUUCAACGACAGCAGAUCGCCGCGGUCGAGGGAAUUGAUUGGGAAAUUACACGAAAAGAGACAUAUGACUUCUUUGGUGCCUCUCAAGCCUCCGGUACGUCUAUGGCAGCAAUUGACACUGAAUCAUCGUCCAACAUGGAGAAUGUGCUACAAAAUACAUGGCGAUGGGAUCAGUUGUCGAACUUAGAGAAUUCACGGCUCCCGUCCGGACCGGGAAUUCCUUCCCUUUACGAUUGGGCACAUCACCCUCUGGCUUUGAAAACCCAAGAGAUAAUUGAUAGAGUGAAAGACAGUGUUCAAAACAAACCGAGAAACAGCUUCAUCGCUCUUGAAUGGUCGAACUUGGUUCAGAAUAUGUGUCUCAUCUUCUUCUCUCCUCCCAAUAUCUGCAAAUUUCUCCGAAUCUUCUGGUCCUCAUGGUACCCCAAUUGUCCUAUUAUUCACAGACCGACUUUUGACCCGCUAAGUGCCCCACCGUCUCUUCUCUCAUCCAUGGUUAUUAUUGGGGCCUGCCUAUCUCCGGAUAAAAGCGACAAUCAAAUUGCUAGAGCCUGGUUCAAUCCGAUAGAAGAGAUAGUGUUCAGUGAGCAGUGGCUCGAGGAAGACUUCACAACAUCAACUUGGGCUCGGAAUCUAGAUGGUGAAUCGAACCGCCUCCAAUCUCUUCAGGCGGCCUAUUUUGUCUGCCUGUUUCAAAAUUGGGAGGGCUCAGAUGUUAACAAGCGUCGAGUGAGACUCCAUCGAUAUAGCACGUUAAUCGCAAUUGCUCGAGACCUCGAACCUGCUUCAGUUAUUCACCGGGAUAUGUUGCUGCAAAGUGACGAACGAGUAUUUGAAUGGGAUCUUUUUAUUGAAACAGAGGAGAAAAUUCGCAUAUUGAGUUUUAUCUUUCUCCUUGAUGGGGAAUUUGUGAUUUUCAACAAUAUGCCGCCUAGAAUGGUCGUCGCCGAAUUAGCAAUGAGCAUCAAUUGCCCGGAUGAAUGCUUCCAAGCACUCACUGCGAAAGAGUGCCUCGCGGCCUUGACUACAUGGGCAGAAAAGGUUCCACGCCAUCAUCAGUACUCCAUUUCGUCAGUACUUGAAACAAUAUUUCAGCCAGAUCUACAUGUUGAGAAAAUGGAGCUUUUCGCUCACUUUGGAAACCUCAAUCUCUUCAUUAUAGUCACCGCUUUACAUACAUUGGUCUUCCAACUUCAAAACGCAAUGGCACCUUCAGAGGCGUUCCAAAGAAUUGAAAAUGCACUGCAAAACUGGAGAAAGGUCUGGGUUCACCGGGAGACUAUUCUUUGUCAUUCAGAUGACGCUUUUGAUAACAACUCUUUGCUUCAUAUGUGA